AUGGAGGUUUUGGUGCAGUUCAAUGUAAAUUCAAAAUGCAAAGGAGUAACUUCCUCUCCAUCUGCUCUUGCUUGGCAGGUCCUGGAGAAAUAUCCCAACACACCUAUGAGCCAUAAAGAGAUCCUUCAAGUUAUCCAGAAAGAAGGACUGAAGGAAAUCAGAAGUGGCACCUCCCCCCUGGCCUGCCUGAAUGCCAUGCUGCACACCAACUCCCGGGGUGAGGAGGGCAUCUUCUACAAGGUCCCGGGACGGAUGGGCGUCUACACCCUCAAGAAGGACAUCCCAGAUGGGCUGAAGGAGCUGUCAGAGGGCUCUGAGGAGAGCAGUGAUGGCCACUCAGACUCGCAGAGCUCGGAGCACAGCAGCUCCAGCAGCGACGGCUGCGCCACCAAGGAGGGCAAGAGGAGCAGGUGGAAAAGGAAAGUCUCGUCCCGCCUGGCCCCCACGGCCUCCCCCCAGUCCGGCUGUCCCUCCCCUUCCAUCCCAGGCAAGGGCCUCUCCUCCUCCCAGAAGCACAGCAAGAAAGCUCUCAAACAGGCCCUGAAGCAGCAGCAGCAGAAGCAGCAGCAGCAGCAGCAGUGCCGGGCAGGAAUGGCCCCGGGCAUGGCUCUGCCCUCCGGCCAGCACGUGCUGCUCAAGGCCAAGGCCAGCACUGCCAGCAAGCCAGGCUGGGAAGGGAAGCAGGCAGAUGGACACUCCAGCAGCCCCCCAAACUCCACAUCCAGCUCCUCCCCCUCGGUGAAGCUUGAGAACUCGCUGCCAGGGCUGGCCAAGAAGCCCUUCCCGAGGUCUGACAGGCUCCAUGCACGGCAGCUGAAGAGAGCGCGCUGCGCCGACAUCGACGUGGAGACGCCCGACUCCAUCCUGGUGAACACCAACCUGAGGGCACUGAUCAACAAGCACACCUUCAGCCUGCUGCCCCCCGAGUGCCAGCAGCGCCUGCUGCUGCUGCUGCCCGACGUGGACAGGCAGGUCGGGGCUGACGGGCUGAUGAAGCUCAGCAGCUCUGCUCUCAACAACGAGUUCUUCACAUCAGCUGCACAGGGCUGGAAGGAGAGGCUGUCAGAAGGAGAGUUCACCCCAGAAAUGCAGCUGCGGAUCCGGCAAGAGCUGGAGAAGGAGAAGAAGGUGGAGCUGUGGAAGGAGCACUUCUUUGAGAGCUACUAUGGGCAGAGCUCUGGGCUGAGCCCCGAGGAGGGUUUCUCCCCUGCACAGCAGUUGUGUCAGACCGACCCCCGGCAGUCCGCGUCUGAGCCCCGCCUCUCCGCUCUCUUGCAGAUCCCCGUGUCCCGGAUCUCGCCGAUGCCAUUUCCUGCGGGCCAGCUCUCCCCCCGGCCGCGCUGCCCCCUGUCCCUCGGCCCUGCUGCCAGGACAGGGGCCAGGACCUUGGCAGACAUCAAGGCCAGGGCGCAGCAGGCCAAGGCUCAGAGGGCAGCGCUGCUCCAAGGCAAGAGCGUCCCCCUGGAGCAGAUCCUGCCCAGGGCGCUCAGCAAGGCGGAGCUGAGAGCUGUGCCCGGGGCCGCCCAGGAGGAGCAGGGGGCGGCGGGGGACGGAGCGGCGCCUCUGCCCCCGCAGCAGCUCGGCAGGAUCCUCUGCCAGAGCCGGCCCGCGCCUCCCAUCGCAAGGACCGCGCUGCCCCCGGGGAAGGAGCCCGGUGCUGAGCAGCAGCAGCGGCCGCAGUGCCACGAGGCGCUGAGCAAAUCCACGCAGGAGCAGAUCCUGCAGACCCUCAUCAAGAGGGUGCAGAGGCAGAACGUGCUGCCCGUCCUUCAGCCCUCGCAGCUGGACCUCCCGCACUCAGGUUUCCCCACGGAAAGCAGCUCCACCAGCCAGAGGUUCGUGCUGGGCUUCACGGUGGCUGCCCCGGCCGUAGGGAAUGGCACCGGGGCCAGCAGCGGGGACAGGGCCGGGACAGCCCCUCCUGCCCCGGCCCGGGGGGCUCCUGGGGCGGGGAACGGGGCUGGCUGUGGCACAGUCACCCCAGGAGCACCCACGGUGACCCCUGGAACAGCCAUGGUGACCUCAGGAACAUCCACUGGGCCACCAGGAACACCCACAGUGACCCCAGGAACAUCCAUGGUGACUCCAGAAACAGCCACGGUGACACCAGGAACACCCACGGUGACACCAGGAACACCCACAGUGACACCAGGAGCAUCCACGGUCACCCCAGGAACAGCCACGGUGACCCCAGGAGCACCCACGGUGACCCCAGGAACAGGCGCGGCCGCAGCAGGCAGCGGCUGUGACCUUUCCAAAAGCCCAUCUCCCUGCCCCCCGGGCUGCUCCCUGCCCCCCUCGGGCCCCGCGGCCCCUGGAGCUGUGGGUGUGCCCGUGCCAGCCUCCAGCAGCUCCUCGGGAGCAGCCAGCCUUAGAUCCCCUCCCGGCGGGGCCGUGCCCAGGGCGAGCUCCAGCAUUCCUGCCAACAACCCUUUGGUCACGCAGCUGCUCCAAGGCAAGAGCGUCCCCCUGGAGCAGAUCCUGCCCAGGGCGCUCAGCAAGGCGGAGCUGAGAGCUGUGCCCGGGGCCGCCCAGGAGGAGCAGGGGGCGGCGGGGGACGGAGCGGCGCCUCUGCCCCCGCAGCAGCUCGGCAGGAUCCUCUGCCAGAGCCGGCCCGCGCCUCCCAUCGCAAGGACCGCGCUGCCCCCGGGGAAGGAGCCCGGUGCUGAGCAGCAGCAGCGGCCGCAGUGCCACGAGGCGCUGAGCAAAUCCACGCAGGAGCAGAUCCUGCAGACCCUCAUCAAGAGGGUGCAGAGGCAGAACGUGCUGCCCGUCCUUCAGCCCUCGCAGCUGGACCUCCCGCACUCAGGUUUCCCCACGGAAAGCAGCUCCACCAGCCAGAGGUUCGUGCUGGGCUUCACGGGCAGGAGGACAUGCAGGCCUGCCAUGUCCGGCCACUACCUGCUCAACGUCUCCACCUACGGGCGCGGCUCGGAGAGCUUGAGGAGAGGCUUCUCCCUGGGGCUGAGCAGCCCCGCCGAGGGCGCCAGGGCGGAGCCGGGGCGCUGCGGGGACACGGGCGGCAGCAGCGAGGGCGACACGGACGAGGAGAGCUGCGGGGACGAGCGGGAGCGCGGCGUGGCAGAGGAGUUGCGGGCAGGGCAGGGGGAGCAGGAGCAGGAGCAGGAGCAGGGCUCACACGGCCCUGCGGAGCCCGGCUCCCUGCGGGGCAAGAAGGUGCUGGACGGCUCCACGCUGGCCCGGGACCUGCUGCAGGCGGCGCAGGAGCAGAUGGCCCAGGCCAUGAGGGGCAAGGGCCAGGGCAGCGCGGAGCCCCCGGCGCCCCCCAGCCCGUCCCCGGCACAGCCCCCGCUGCUGCCCGCCCCGCGCCCCCCCAAGCUGCUGGGGCCCAGCUACAGCGGCACCAUCAACGUCUCCACCUCGCCCGGCGUGGGCCAGGCCUCGCUGGUGGGCGAGAGCAGCUCCAUGGGCAACGUCAUGUCCUUCUCGGUGACCGUCACCACCAUCCCCGCCGGGCAGGCCGGCGGCUCCGGGCACGGGCAGAGCCUGGCGGUGCCCGCCUUCGCCGAGGACGGCGCCGGGGAGGAGCCCCCUGCCAAGUGCUACUGCAGGUUGAAAGCCAUGAUCAUGUGCCAGGGCUGCGGCGCCUUCUGCCACGACGACUGCAUCGGGCCCUCCAAGCUCUGCGUCUCCUGCCUGGUGGUGCGGUAACGGGAGCGGGGCUUUUACUGCCUUGCACAAGAGACUCUGAUCAGGAAUGCAGAGUCCCAUUUCUUUCGUUAAGGAAAGAGCACCUUGUACAGGGAGUCGAAAUCGCGCUCGGCGACGCGAAUCGUGACAAGAGUUUGCACUUAAGGACUUAUGUAAAUACGCCACGUUAUUUUGUUUAAAGAUAUUUUUUCAGUCUUUUAGGAGAUAGUGUUUGACUUGUGCUGCAGUUCCAGUGACCCCAGCCUGCUCUGAGCACGUUUGCUGGGCUAUGCUCUCCUCGGGGGGAUCCAGCUCGUCAGACAUCUCCAGUUUCUAUCCAAGAUUUUCUAUUUCCUGCCUGUGGGGAAAGGCAAAUCAGUGUCUGCCUGGGCCUUGCUGGGUGGCUCUUUGUGUUUGAAAUACCAAAUGGGGCUGAGCUCAGCUCAGGGCGGGCCCAGCUGAGGGAGGGGUGCUGGGGCAGCCCACCUGUGCUCCCUGCCAGUUCCUGAUUCCUUCCCUUGCACUGAAGGAAAUCAAAGCACAGUGUUCCCGCGUUCUGGGAGCUGAGGAGCUGAUGGAGCACCAGUCACUCGAGGGCAGUUCCCCUCCUGGGGCAGGUGGGGGCCUUGCUGCAUCCUGGUCAGGGAACAGAGCUAUGUAUGUUUUUGAUGGAAAAGCACUGAAUUCACUUUUAAUCCAAAGGCCUUUUUAAGCUGAAGCAAUAUUCCCACAGCUGAGUGGUGCACGGGGUCCUCAGCCUUCCCUCCCCCUCUCCCUUGUACUACUGCUCCCCUCCCCUUCUCCCCAGGAGCCCAGCACUGGUGGUGAGCAGCAGAAAGAAUUCCCUGGGUGAUUUUCCAAGGGACUGCCAGAGCUCCAGGAGCCUUUGGACAACGCUCUCAGGCACAGGGAGGAUUGUUGGGUCAGGAGCUGGACUGGAGGAUCCCUGUGGAUCCUUUCCAGCACAGGAUAUUCCAUGACUUUGUGAUUUAUUUGGUGAUGACAAGGAAGAGGGAGUUGCAGACUUGAUCCCGUGGUAGCAGGAGCAUUUCCUUCCCUGCCUCAGGAGCUGCAGCAUCACCUGCUCUGGGUUCUGCCAUCUGAAAUUUACUGCAGAGCAGUGACCCCCACUGUCGUGAUUCCACACCACUGCUCGAGCAUCCCCUGGUGAGGAGGAUUGAGGGAUUAGAAAUUAACUCCAUUUUUUAAAUCUAAAGAAUUGCACAGAAUUGUCCCCACGAGCAUCUCACACCCGUGGUGGGCGUGUGGUAUCCCAAGAACCCCCAGCCUGUGCCUGCUCCUGCCACUUCCCACUGCCAGCUCUUGUUGGGGAAGAGGAAAUCCUGCAUUUUUGUAAAGCUGGGCUGGUUUGGAGUGAGAGCAGGAGCUGUCCUUUGCUCCCGUGUAGACAGGGGGGAAGCUCCUUGCCCCAGUCCUGGUCUGACACUUCAUUCCUGGUGGCCCCAGGCCGGCACU